AUGGCGACUCCUCGCUUGUUCCUCGUCCGGCACGGCGAGACGGAGUGGUCGCGCAGCGGAAAGCACACCAGCCGCACAGACGUUCCUCUGACGGCCGACGGCGAAAGGAGAGUGCGCGCGACGGGCAACGCCCUCAUUGGUGACGACCGGCUCAUUGUCCCGCGGAAACUCGUCCACAUAUACGUUUCACCGAGAAGGCGCGCCCAACGCACUUUUGAGUUGAUUAACCUGGGAAUCUCGGGGGACCUGCCGUGGCAGGCACACGGAACCAGCGAGUCCAGCGGGCUCCAAUGCCCGGCCAACAUUGAGGUGACGGAGGCUGUGAGGGAAUGGGAGUACGGUGACUACGAGGGCAUUACGUCUCGCGAGAUUCAGCAAAACCGAGCCAGCAACGGCAUCGCCGGAACUUGGAACAUCUGGAGGGACGGCUGUCCUGGCGGUGAAAGCCCGGGGCAAAUCACACAGAGACUCGACCGGUUAAUCAAGGAGAUUCGCGACAAGUGGCAUAGGCCAGUCAUCGGGCAGCCCGACCCGGGCAACGUCCGCGGGGACGUACUGAUUGUGGCUCACGGCCAUAUACUUCGAGCCCUGGCCCUGCGCUGGGCUGGCAAAUCCCUGGAGGAUGGGCCGGUCUUUUUGCUCGAGGCGGGAGGUGUUGGUACGUUGAGUUACGAGCAUGGCAAUAUCGAAGAGCCAGCCAUCCUGCUCGGAGGCGCCUUUUCUGUGGAGGCUCACGGGUAG